AUGGAGUUGCAUGAGCUUGUUGACAAGGCCAUUAAGGUCGAACAAUGGCUCAAGAGGAGGGGAACUACUCGACCAAAUUUUAGCAAUACCACAUACUCCACGAACCGUUCGUUCCAACCAAGGAAUGAUUUUCAGCCUUCACCAACUGCUCGUACACCAAAGCCGAGAUUCGAAGGAGGUAAGGUGGGCAAUUCUAAUGGUGGGAAACCACCCUCUCCUAUUCCAAAAUUUGAGGAGCCUAGGGCACAAACUGGAGCUCGUGAUACUCGAUGCUUCAAAUGCCAAGGUAGAGGCCAUAUCGCUAGUCAAUGCCCCAACCAAAGGUCUAUGAUUAUGCUACAAAAUGGCAAGAUUGUGAGCGAAGAUGAAGCCGAGUACGACGGCAUGCCACCACUUGAAGGAGGUAGUGAUGGUGAGUCGCCAAAUGAAGAGGAAUUUAAUGCACCCGAUGGUCACUUUGGGACUGCAUUGGUUGCAAUGAGAGCAUUAACUACACGUAUUAAGGAGGAAGAGCUUCAACGGGAGAACAUUUUCUACACCAGGUGCUUCGUCAAGCAAGCACUUUGUAGUGUGAUUAUUGAUAGUAGGAGCUGCACAAAUGUAGCUAGUUCACUCAUGGUGGACAACUUGAAAUUGCCUACAAGGGAUCACCUACGACCCUACAAACUCCAGUGGCUCAACAAUUCUAGAGAGGCUAGUCAUAUUGUACUAGGUAGGCCGUGGCAGUUUGACAGGCAGGUAACUUUUGAUGGCGUGACUAACAAGUAUAGCUUCUUGUACAAUAGUAAGAAAGUCACCCUAGCCCCCCUUUCCCCAAAACAAGUGCAUGAAGACCAAUUGAAAUUGCAACAGGAGUAUGAGAAGUAUUGUACAAAAAAGAAAGAAAAUAUGAGCGCCGAAGCAAAAAAGGAGAGGAAAAAGGCUAUAGAUAGCUUGGCAAGUAAGGUAAAAUCCGAGGGAAAACAAAUGCUCCUGAUAAAAGCCAAGAAAGUGAGAAAGUUAAUGAGAGAUGAGCAGCUGGUUCUUACGCUUGUUAGCAAAGAAGUAGCUCUGAAUGUGCAUGAACUUGAUACUAACAUACCUCUUGAGGUUGUGUCUCUUUUGCAGGAGUAUGCUGACAUCUUUCCCGAGGACGUGCCAAGUGGAUUGCCACCACUUAGGAGCAUUGAGCAUCAGAUUGAUUUCAUCCCUAGAGCUUCAUUGCCAAAUCGACCAACUUACAAGAGCAAUCUGGAGGAGACUAAGGAGUUGCAAAGGCAAGUGGAUGAGUUGCUCGGCAAAGGAUGGGCACAUGAGAGUUUGACCCCGUGUGUUGUCCCAGUCAUUUUAGUGCCCAAGAAAGAUAGUAUGUGGAGGAUGUGUACCGACUAUAGAGCUGUAAAUGCCAUCACGGUAAAGUAUCGCCACCCUAUACCUCGCUUAGAUGAUAUGCUUGAUGAGUUACAUGGGGCUGUGUUCUUUACCAAAAUUAAUCUCAAAAGUGGUUACCAUCAAAUUAGGAUUAAAGAGAGGGAUGAAUGGAAAACUGCCUUCAAAACUAAGUAUGGAUUCUAUGAAUGGUUAGUGAUACCUUUUGAGCUAACUAAUGCACCUAGUACUUUUAUGAGAUUAAUGAAUCAUGUGCUGCAUCCAUUCUUGAGAAAAUUUGUGGUAGUUUACUUUGAUGAUAUCCUAAUAUAUAACAAGUCUUACGAUGAACACCUUGAGCAUAUUACGGCGGUUAUGGAUGUACUUCGACGAGAGAAGCUUUAUGCCAAUCUCAAGAAGUGCAAUUUCUGCACUAAUGAGCUUGUGUUUCUAGGAUUUGUUAUAAGUGCGCAGGGAAUGAAGGUGGAUGAUCAAAAGGUGAAAACUAUUCAAGAGUGGCCAACACCAAGGUCUAUGGGUAUUAGAGUUGGAGCUGUGUUGAACCAAGGUGGAAAGCCUAUUGCCUACUUUAGUGAGAAACUCAAUGGGGAUGCACUGAAUUACUCAACUUAUGAUAAAGAGUAG